GUUUACUCUAGAUUUAUUCCUUAUUUUUUUUUUACUUUCUAUUCUAUGGUCGCUAGACGGUCAUGUUUUCCUCUUUUCGUCAAUUCAUUCCAUAACUAUUUCCGAAUCGCGAAAGAAUCAAUGGGGAACGGCUGUGGUUCUUCCGCCGGGUGUGAUACCGCGCUCGGUCCUCAUAGGUUGUUUUUCCUUUUCCCAUACUUCACAUCAAUUCGGUUCUCUCCACUCUACUUAAUUUAUCUAUCCUCACCUUCAUCCCGUCCAAUCCUUUUCCUCGCCCCAGCUUCGCUCUCCUCUCCUCCGCCUUUUCUCUUUUAUCUCUCUUCUUCCAAUUCCUAAUUGCCCACAUCAGUUGGGACCAAUUUUGACUCAAAAAGUCUGAAAUUACUAUAUACAUACAGCCACACCUCUCAUACCACCCCUUCUUGGAUUGGUCUACAAGGGAUCAUGGAUAUCGCGCUCGAAGUCUGGGACACCUUCAUCGGUGACCGUUUAUACGCGGCUCUCCUCCCCGUCUCCCUUUCGUCCGCGGCCUCUCUCUCGGAUCUUCAUCAUAUGUCAAAUAGCACUCUGUCCUUCUUCGGCGCAUCCCAACCGUUCAUCUAUGAGCCAGCCACACGCCUGAUCUACCUAGAGCCCUCGAAGUAUGCGUAUAUGAGCGCUUGGCCUAGAAAUAAUAUUUACCGUCAAUUCCUGAGCUUCUUUCUAAUUAUUUGGAUAUUCGGCCUUAUCACCUAUUUCAUAUCCGCAACCUUGUCCUAUAUCUUUAUCUGGGAUAAAACUACCGUCAGACAUCCCAAGUUUCUCAAAAACCAGAUCCCCAUGGAGAUUGCACAGACUAUGAGAUCUAUGCCGAUUAUGUCUCUUUUGACCGCUCCAUUCUUAGUCGCCGAGGUCCGAGGUUACGCGAAGUUGUAUGAUGGCUUCUCCGAUGAGCCUUUCCAAUAUUAUAGCAUCAUUCAAUUUCCAUUGUUCAUUGUAUUCACCGAUUUCUGCAUUUAUUGGAUUCACCGCGGUCUACACCAUCCAUUGAUCUACAAGUCCCUACACAAACCGCAUCACAAAUGGAUCAUGCCUAGCCCUUUCGCGUCGCAUGCCUUCCAUCCAGUAGAUGGAUGGUCUCAGAGUGUCCCGUAUCAUGUGUUUCCGUUCCUCUUUCCACUUCAGAAGCUCGCCUACGUUUUCCUCUUCGGUUUCAUCAACCUCUGGACUGUGUUGAUUCAUGACGGUGAAUACGUUGCGAAUAGCCCGGUCAUCAACGGAGCUGCCUGUCACACGAUGCACCAUCUUUACUUCAACUAUAAUUAUGGACAGUUUACCACGCUGUGGGAUCGGAUGGGAGGGAGUUACCGGAAGCCAAAUGAGGAACUUUUCCGCCGCGAGACCAAGAUGGACAAGGAGGAGUGGAAGAAGCAAACCAAAGAGAUGGAAUCUAUUCUCAAGGACGUUGAGGGAGAUGACGAUCGUCAAUAUCUCAUCGAAGAUGAAUUGAAGAAGAACUUAUGAUUAAUACGCCAGAGGACGUUCUCAGCUUGGUCUACGUAUUACGCCGCUUCCUCCUUUCCUCUCUUUAUUCCUCCAAACUACCUUGGUGUCCUCGAGGACUGGUUGAAAUACCCUUGAAAAUAGCAAAGCUUAUCAAAAUCUUGCUGUAGCGCGUUGAAUGAUUCGAAAUUCUCUGCAAUGGGGUAAACAGAAAGGGCGAAAAGAUAUCCCAGAGAAAAUCUAUAGCCGUCUCUUGAACGGCUCUAAAAUAUAGCCUCAGCUAGUCCCUUUACUUCUAAAAGUGAGUGAGUUACGAUUUUAAUGUUCCCUACUUCGUCUCGUGCGCGUGUUCUUGCCCUCCCUUUUUUCUUUUGCCACGCCUUGUAUAAUACUGAUCAUAGAUCUUAAUUACUGUAUUCCUGAUUCCGUCUGUAUUCACAAUCAGUCACUGAUUUGUCUUCAUAUUAAUACUCGCGAGUGGUCAGAAUCACUACAAUCUCAACCAGCUCUGAUGAUUCAGUUGUACAUACAUAUUCCUGUGGUUGAAAGUAGGUACAAAAUUAUCACGGAGCA